AUGCCGGAAUCAGAUAUACCAAGGGGUCAUUUGGCUGUCUCCAAAUGGUUUGCGCCUACCAAGCUCGUGAUCACCUUUGAACGUGAAGGGCUGGGCAAGUUUACUCAGGAAGACAUAGAGAGCUACAUCCAGCGGAACGAACAAGGAGAGCCCGUGUCACUAAACCUCCCAACCAAAUUCGUGUACAUAUCCAACCAUCAGGUCAGAAGUUUACAAACUUACGCCGAUUGGUGGUAUGCCUGGUGCUUUACUUACUUCUCCAGUCCCAAGGGUGUUCACAAAUACGUCUACAUCACCCUGAAGAAGAGCCUGAGAUGGGUACCCAUUGUUGGCUGGGGAAUGCAAUUCUUCAAUUUCAUCUUCCUAGCGCGUUCUUGGGCGUCGGAUAGACUACAACUUGCCUCGGAUCUGGCUUCUCUAGGAAAGGCUGCGGAGCGUGAACAUCGUCCUUUCUGCUUCAUGCUCUAUCCAGAAGGGACUCUCGUCAGCAAAGAUACCAGACCUAUCAGCAAGAAGUUUGCAGACAAGAUCGGGGUGGAUGACCUCAAGCAUGUUCUGCUUCCGAGAUCCACUGGUCUCCACUACAGCCUUCGGUCGCUCUCUCCCAGAAUCCAGAAACUCAAGCUUCUGGAUGCCACCACCGUUUACCCAGGCGUACCACCCAUGGGAUACGGUCAGAACUACUAUACCCUCCGCUCCAUUUUUUUCGACGGUGUACCACCACCCGCUAUCCACUUGCAUUUGCGGAUGUUCGACGUCAGAACCGACGUCCCUAUUGGAGACCUGUCGUCCACCAAGUCGACACCAGGUGAGAAGGGCGCUACACCUGAGGUUGAGAUCCCACCUGCGGAGAAGGAGAUUUUUGACGCCUGGCUUCGCCAACUCUGGCAGGAGAAAGAUUCGACGAUAGAAACGUUCCAUUCGUCUGGUUCAUUCUCCAGACAGCCCGACACUACGGUCGUGGAGGUUCCCUUACAGUUGCGAAGGAAGUGGGAGGUCCUGGAUGCUUUCUGUUUCUUCUGGCCUGCAGCACUCGCGUAUUCUUUAAAACGUAUGCGAGAGCAAUAG